AUGCAGCUGAACUUCGGUGGUACCAAUCUCCCAGAAGUCGCUGAUACGCUCGAGAAUUGCAGCAAAUGCCAGCAGAAGAUUACCGAUCGACUGUUACGAGCUCAUGGUGGUGUAUGGCAUGUGAAUUGUUUCACUUGUGAAAGCUGCAAUCGAUCACUGGAUGGAAUUCCAUUCACAUCGGAUCCCAAGGACAACGUCUACUGUGUAAACUGCUACCAAGAGAAAUUUGCACCACGUUGCGCUGUGUGCAACAAGCCAAUUGUGCCUGUGGAAGGUGAAAAAGAAUCGGUACGAGUUAUAGCCAUGGAUAAGUCAUUCCAUCCCACGUGCUACAAAUGUGAAGAUUGUGGUAUGCAGCUAUCCAGUAAGAUCGAAGGUGCCGGUUGUUAUCCACUGAAUGAUCAUCUAUAUUGUAAGACAUGUAACAUGAAUCGACUACGUGCAGGACAGCCGGUUCAAGCAUAA